CAAAACAAAUAAAUAGUUAUUUUUUUUAUAAACAAUCAAAAUAAAAUCAUUUAAACUGAACAAGAAUACUAAUAUUUUUAUCCAUUAUGCUGUCUGACUUUGCCAAAGAGAAAGUUUUUUGGACAAGAAAAAUGAACUUGAAUUUAGUGAAGUUCAUUGAGAGCAAACCAAAUAUAUGGAAUCCAAAACAUCCCAAAUAUACAUCAAUGAAAUGCAAAGACCAGACUUACGCAGAAUUUGCGGCACGAUAUGGAAAUGAAUUUACAGGACAAGCGGUCAAAGAUAGAUGGACAAAUAUCAGAUCUACCUACGCCAAUUAUCUAAGGAAAUUGAAGACUAGUCGGGCUAAAGGAGAGGAGUACAAAAUCAACUGGCACUUAUGGAAUGCUUGCCACUUCUUAAUGAGAGUUCAUAGAAGAGUGAAAGAUGAUCCAUUGUUUGCAGGAGUAGAAAAAGAAGAAGCUACAGAACAUGAUAAUUCUUCAGACCAAGAAGCUGGCUGUAGUCAAGAUGAAAUAGAUGCUAUCCCUACAAAUGAUGAACAUAUAACAUGUCAGAGCAUAGUAAAUAAUUUGGUAACAGUUUUGAAAGGCAUGCAAAAUGAUGCAUUUGGUUUAGAAAAUACCAAACAUGGCCGCAUAGGCCGAACUGUUGCCAAGAAACUUGGAUGUAUGAACUCAUAUUCUGCUGCCAAAGCUUCUCAAAGAAUAAUGGAAAUUUUGCUUCUCUAUGAUGAGAAUAAUCCUCUCAAUCCAAAUAACAUAAAAUCUGAAAGAAUGCAAUCAUAAAAGUAUGUUCAUCAAAUUAUUUUUAAGACAGAAUAAGAAGAAUUGUGCCGUGCCGUUCCCAGCACCAAUAGAAAAAAGACUAGGACCACUCCAUCUCUUUCCUAUGGAUGACGUAAGAGGCGACUAAGGUAUAUAAACUUGGGAUUCUUCUUUUAGGUGAUGGGCUAUCAACCUCUCACUAGUUGAAUCUCAAUUCUAUCUGAAAGCUAAAUAGCUGAACAUGGCCUAUCAGUCAACUGUUGGCUCUGUCUACCCCGCAAGGGAUAUAGACGUAAUUAUAUGUAUGAAUAAACAUAAUUUAUUGUCAA